AUGAAGCGACGCUCAGCUCAGAAGCAGGAGAACUCGAAGACCAAGGCCCUUGACAUGCUGUGGUGCCUCUACGAGGCCAUGCGGCUGAAGGACGAAGAGUUUUUGACCCAGCCAGGGGUAGUCAUUGCUCUACACCGUGAUGAAAGAAACCGGGUGAUCCAGUGCGACUUUACAGCUGCUUCCUCCGACCUGUCUACUCGGUCGGGGGUGCUGCACUGCGCCUUCAACCAGGGUGGGGCUGCAGGCGUCCUCCAAGGCACCAAGGAGAUCGUGCGAGCUGCUCUCACCAGCCUAGACAAGCAGGUGAAACAUGGAUCAGAAAAUGCUUUGCGGAAAGCAGUGGAAUUGGUCUGCAUAGACGCCGCUCCAGACGAGGUGGCAGCUUCCAACGAAGGCCACCGACCAAGCUUCCAGGACUUGCAGCCCUACACGCCAAAUCUGCUGAUUGCCCGCUCCUACAAAGCCUCGGAUUUCCUCGACCAGCUCUUCCGGUCUUUUGUGUGGGAUAAGGCAUCCUUGGUUCAGCGCAUCGAGAACUCGCCGAUUUUUAAAAUGUGGUUCCAGGAGUGCCAGCCAUAUGCCAGGGCCACUUUAGAUGCUCGCGUGAGGUCUCUCAAGGCUGCCAAGCAUCGAAUGGCGAGCCAUGAAAAGCCGCUAUGCCGGCUAGUGCUGUACAUUGAGCCUCUCAUUCAUGUGGCUCUGCGCAUCCGCGCAGAGCGAAGCCAAGAAGAUGUCUCUCACGAUGCCAGCCGGUUCCUGGCAGCGCUGUCGGCGGAGAGCUACCUCCAGCUGGCUUUACUAGCUGACGCAGCUGUGGAAGUCGGGGACCUCUUGCGGGUGGCAGACGCGGGUGCUGGCAUGAACACGGCGGAGCUCAUCACAUGCGUCCAAGACUUUGAGAAGCGCAUCAGUUACUUGUUCUUGCACGGCGGGGUCUUCAGCUCAUCCGGCUUCACUGCGUGGGCGCUCCACGUGCUGCGACAGCGGUACAGCUUUGCAGUUGCAGGCACGCAGCGGGAGUUUGGGGGCCCGCAGUUGCCAGGCGAGGCAGUCAAGGAGCGGUGUCUACGCCGCAUGCAGGCCUGGCACAAGGUGGUGAACUCCGUGCUCCACGCCGUGUUCCCGGACUGGGAGCUUGCUGCGGCGUUCCAUGUGAUCUUUGCCAGCAGAUGCUCAGAAGCCUCGGCGGGUUUUGGCCCAGCGUGGGCGCAAGCCGUGUGGCACGCGCAGAAGUUGGGGAGGCCGGUGGCUGCGCUGCAGGCAUGCUUGCAGCGCUACUUGGCCUUUGCAAUCAGCACCUGUGGCCUUGAGAGACGCUUCUCGCGGCAAGCGUGGUCUUUUGGAAAGUCUGCUGACCACCAAUCCCUGGCGCUGCACGUGGCCAAAGCGAAGCUCCUGACGGAUUACCAGGCGGCAGAGGAAGACGCCAUCAUCCAGAAGGCGCAGGAGGUUUGGAUGCAGCGGCACAGCCCAGCCAGGGAGUCCACUGGCCCUAGGUUUCACAAGGGUCAGCGCCAGGGGCCUCGAAAAGGCCGCACGCUGGCGGGCUUCUUGCGGCGCCGCAGGGAGGCUGUUUCAGAAGGUUGCAAAGCAGCUGGCGCAGCUCUUUCCACCGACCCGCUUCCGGCAGACAUGUUGGGGGAUUUCUGGACAGAGAAGCACGCAGAGGAAGUUGCUUUCCAGCAGCAGAAGCAGGUGCGACUGGCCCAAGAGGCUCAUGAGCUGGGAGCCCUGCUGCCCGGAGAUGUGCCAGAUGAAGUUCUAGACGCAGCUCCUGAAGCAGAGCGCCGGCGACAAGCCAAUGCUCGUCAGCGGGCGCGGCAGACAAGCAAGCGUGCGGCUGCUCUACAAGGCGCAUUGCCAGACCUGACAGGGAGAGUUGUGUUCGUGCCGCCGGGCAUGCCCUCAUUGCAGCGGCUGGCAAGUGAGCGCGGUUUCCAGCUCACCGACCGCAGGGCUCAGGCCACCGUGUUUCUUGCAGAGUCCUUGGAAAGCAUGUCGGAGAGAACUUGGGCGGCAGCGGUGCUUUGCGGAGGCAGCGUCAUGACCUGGGACACCUUGCAGGAGAUGCAAGGGCCGUGCGUUUCUUGGCAGAAGGCCUUGGACACAAGGCGCCGCGUGUACUGGACCCAGGCAGCUCAGAAGCACAGCCCGCAGCUGCACCAGCUGGUCGUGGAGAUGGCGAAGACGGCGAGGCGCUGGAAGAUGCUGGAUGGCCAAGAAGACUUCGAGCAGCAGAAAGUGGAAGCGGCCGCCAGGAAGCAGAGCCCCGCCGUUCUCGCCGUGACACGGCCGUCAGAGAAGAAAGGUCUUCUUGAAGUGCUGGUUGCACGUGGUGCCAAGGGACAAAGGUCCACGCUCAGCACUCACAUCCAAACUCCCAAGGAGUUUUUCCAGUUCAUUGCAAAGCAAGAUCCACAGCGAUGUUGCACGGGUGUUUGCGGAUAUUGA